AUGGACAUCAGACCUGAAUUAUCCGGCUAUGUCUUGCCUUCCAUCAGAUCAUCGGAUUUCAUGCUGCCUUUACAAAACGACGUUCCUAGAUCAUCAGACCUCUUGAAAGGAUCUGUCAGCCCUGGCAACGACCAGUACAACAACAAUACUUCACCUCAAAGUAUCACCACCCCUACGUCCGGCAACGCUUACUCGUCAAAGACCAGUGUCGAUCUAUCCACUUAUUCCAAUCUGGUUUCUCCUAAGUCCGAAGCCUCUUCGACUUCUUCCAACUCUUUUUCCUCGCCAAAGUUGGGUAAAACCAGUCCAAAAUACAAUGACUCAACCCAUCAAAUUGGUAUAAACACCAUGUGCUCAACUACACAUCCUACAUCUAUCCCAUCGUUAUCUGCAGUGUUAGACACAAGAGCUCCCUUAAAUUAUGACUCGUUUGGAAGUCAACCGAAAAAAGUCAGCUUGCCCCCAGUGAACGCUUUACCUUCCAUUUCUCAAUCUAUCAAGGAACAAGAUGCUGCUGCGGCCGCUGCGGCCGCCGCCGCCAUUGCCGCCAUCACUCAAAAGAAGGAAACUUUCCUGCAAAAGAGCAAAAAACAGGAGGAGAAAGGCCCAUUAUUGUGCAAGUGGGAAGGCUGUAGUGAAAUCUUUGAGUCUGCCGAAACUUUGUACCAUCAUUUGUGUGACAGACAUGUGGGGCGGAAAUGCAACCGUAAUUUGAAUUUGACAUGUCGCUGGGAUAAUUGCAAAGUUCAAACAGUUAAACGUGACCAUAUCACCUCACAUUUAAGAGUUCAUGUGCCUUUGAAGCCAUAUGGGUGCGACAACUGUGGCAAGAAAUUCAAGAGACCUCAAGAUUUGAAAAAACACAUGAAAACCCAUGCAGACGACAUUUAUAGCUACAUUAAUGCCGGUGCCGCUUUGUAUGCCAAAAACGGGGUUAUUAAUAGCUCAUUGAUCAAUGCUGCUGCUAACGCUCCAGGUAUAAAUGAUUAUGGGAAUUCGUUUGACAAUUAUCUUUUCAAUGUCAGUGGAAGAGCCAACACUUAUGGGCAGAACCAACCAGAUUACCCUAGUCAAUUAUAUCCUACUGGUAACAUCUACAACAAUAACACUACCACCACCGUCAAUAACCAUCCUUACAACUUGGGCAGUAACGAUUUGUACUCGACAGUAGACGAAUCAAAGAAGAGAAGACAAACUGGUGAGUUGAUUGGCAGCUUCUAUGAUGAUGUCAAGAGAUCAAAAAUUUCGGCUAAUUAUAAUCCAGAUAUAAUGAACAGAUUGAAUCAUUUGGACACUAGUUUGCGUGGCACCAUGCCAUCAAAUCAUGCUGGAUUUUCCGGUGAAUAUGUGUUGCCUCCAUUGAGCCACAGUUCGAAUAAUAUGUCUGUUCGUGGGAUCAAUACUUCUAACAUCAAAUCUUCAGACUUGUUAGAAUCUGAUAAGUUUUUCAAGCAGUUGUCUUAUUCUAUAGAUCAGCAAAUGUCAUUAAGAUCUGACGUUUCUCGCCAGCCCCAACCUCAACAAGCUCAACAAGCUCAACCUCAACAAUACCAACAACCUCAAUAUCAACAACAUUACCAACAACAGGCGCAGCCAUCCCAAUCACAACAAUUUGCUUCUUACGGAAAUACUACGGACAAUGCUAAUACCUACAGCUCAAAUGGCUUUGUUAGUACAGGUAGCUUGAGCAGUAAUGGUCAAUUAUAUCCAUCGAUAUCGAGUUCUUCUAACGUUAUGCAAUACCCACAGAUUGGCUCUAGAUUUGGAUAUGACAAUAUUAGACGUUAUAAUGUUGGCGUCAACCAAAAGUCUAGCAAGAAGGAUGCUGAGGUCGAGGGGGAAGAGAAGGAACAAGAAGAGGUGGAUCAUGAUAUCACUAACUUGAUGAACAGCUUGUCUCUUGAUAAGAAGAUUGAAGAAUCAAGCAGCAACAACUACGAAUUAUUGAAGAAACACAAGGCCCUUGUUGAUGCGAUUCGCAACUGGAUUUCUGAGUCGUUGAAGCAAAUGGAUCUUGAAAAAGAUGCUCCUGCUGCUAAGCCAGAAAGUUUGUAUCCUACUAUUUUCGCUCAUUAG